UAACUCUUGCCAUCUCUCUCCUAUUCUCCCCCCUGCUAUCUCUCCCACGUAUAGUCCAUUGUCAACAAAGAGAAGGAGCCGGGCUUCGGGAAGAAGGGAUGACUUCGGCACCGUGCUCUUUGAUGUGUCACACGUAAUUCGGCCCUUGGUUGAGCCGGCGAUGUACGAGAAGUUAACCAUGCUGAAUCUGCAAAGCAGCUCAAACUGGAAUGGGCCCAGUGACUGGUACCAUCAGCAAAACCCUGUACCUGCCCAGCACAGCACAGUGUCGGAGGGCUGCCUGGUGGAGGCGGACGCGGGGAUGGGGCUAACAGGAAGAGGAGGAGGAGGGCAGGUAGAGAGGGAUGAAGGUGAAGAGUCGCAGCUGCGGCUGCAGCUGAAGAGGAAACUGCAGAGGAACCGAACCAGCUUUACUCAGGAGCAGUUAGAGGCGCUGGAGAAAGAGUUUGAAAGGACACACUACCCUGAUGUCUUUGCCAGAGAGCGGCUAGCUAACAAAAUUGACCUCCCAGAAGCGCGGAUACAAGUGUGGUUCUCCAACCGAAGAGCCAAGUGGAGGCGAGAGGAGAAGCUGAGGAACCAGAGGAAGUCGGGGGGUGGGACUUCCUGUGGCCAAGCACACACUCCGCUCACCACCUCCUUUAACCCAACCAUCUAUCAUCAGCAGCAUGGCAACAGUCCAGGGUCCAUGCUGGGUCACACCGAGACCACUCUUCCUAGCUACAGCUCCCUGUCUGUGUAUUCUGGAGUCCAGUCAGCCCCUCCUCAGUCCGCCCCCUCUUACUCAUGCAUGCUCCCCCCGUCCCCCUCUGCACCUCGAUCCUUUGAGGCUUCAUCGUACCCCUCGCCCCACCUUCCUCCUCCCACAGCCAGCACCAGCACAGGUUUGAUCUCUCCUGGUGUUUCAGUACCUGUCCAGGUCCCAGGAAAUGAGCAGAACAUGGGGCAGAACCUGGGGCAGUACUGGGCCCGUCUGCAGUGAGGACGAAGGGAACAAGCAGGAUGAAGUGGGGGUGUUGAACGUAGGCAUUAAAGGGGAGUGGAAGUGUAGAGAAAGUGAGAAGCCGUGGGUGAACGCUCGACUGUUUCAGUUUAUGCAAGUAUCAGCAUUUCAGAUUCUACCCUUCCAGAUUUCUUCACAACUCAGUCUGAAAUACGCGAUGUCGUGGAUGCAGUUGGAUGCAGUUGGGGUGGGCAGUGUGACGAUGUGCUACUAUCUUGAUAAGCUAUGUCACAAUGUGCUUUUCUUGGUAAACCGCUUUUCUGAGUACACUGGACACUGAACGACUGUGUGAGUCAUAAAAAAACAUUUCAACCAAUUAUAGAUGAGCCUGUAAAACAAAAUCUAUUUUUUUCUUUGUAUUCCUUCUUGAAAUUGCUUGUAUUUGCCAUCACUGAAAAAAUAACCGUGCUCAUAGAUUUUGUUGCAUUUUCAAUGGCAACCCUGUCAUAUUUGCUUCGACUUGUUUGUAAACCUCAGAAUAACACAGGGCAUCACAAGUCCUGUACUGCUGUAUUUUUGCCAUUUUGCCCACCCCUGGUUUGGAGUGCUCUGUGAGACACCCUACACGUCUAGAUAAUGUGCAGAAUAAUUUAUUAGCCUAUUCUUGUUUAAGAAGAAUUUGCACUCUUUUUGAUGUAGUGUAGCGGAGAGCGGGACACAGCCUAAAGGACAUUACACACCAAAUGCGAUGCCAAAAUCAAUUGCUGAUGAAGCAUUAAAGAACCCUUUACAUCAAUACAGGGUUCUUUGUACUAUGAAAAGAUUCCUCACACUGCUGGAGAAGGUUCUGUAGAUGGAUCUAUGUAGUAUCUUUUUGAAAAGGGUCCUAUAUAGCACCGAAAAGGUUCUGCCAUUAAAAUGUCAAGCUGGUCAUGAUAGAAGAACCCUUUUUGGUGCUUUCUAGAAUUCUUCUCAUAAUGGGGUAUUAUAUAGAACCAUUUACUGCUCAUUCUGCUGAGCUCUGUCACGAUGCAAAGAUCCAUUUAAUCACGCAAAUGGUCCUUUGAGUGCUCAUGGUUCUAUAUAGAACCGUUCCUUUGCUAAAGAACCCUUGACGAACCAUAUUUAAUGUGUACAGUCACAAGAUUAAGCUUGUUACAAUAGAAGAACCCUUUUUAGUGUUAUGUAGGACCAUUUUCAAAGUGGUGCUAUAGAACCAUAUAUAACACAAUCUAGCAAGCAAGCAAAGUUUAUUUAUGUAGUGCUUUUUACAGCAGG